GAAUCGAAGCGUUUCUACUUUGCUAUACACUGUCUAUCGCGUACGUAAUUUGUAGCCGCAGUAGUACUAACAUUUAAUCAAAAUGCUCAAGAGAUAUCAAUACAAGUCCGAGUACAACACUUUGUGCUAUGCCAAGGACAUGCCGAAAAUGGUGCCGAUAGCUCCUGCACCAGACAGACAUCACUUAACCCUGGAUCUAUCACACAAGAAGCAUUACAAGAACGGUGCCCAAACAGCAUCGAUUGAAAGAAGAAAUGCCAGAGAAAGGAACCGUGUCAAACAAGUGAAUGAUGGAUUCAACGCUUUAAGAAAAAGAUUGCCGGCCACAGUUGUUGCCGCUCUGUCAGGAGAUGCGAAAAGAGGAUCGGGAAAGAAAUUAAGCAAAGUCGAUACUUUAAGGAUGGUUGUUGAAUAUAUUAAAUACUUACAAGGACUGAUUGAGGAAAGUGAUGCAGCGUGUGGAAUUCAGACGAGUACAUCGAUGGACUAUUCCAUGCAAUAUGAAGCAGACGAAGGUAUUUGCGGAGGAACUUCUCCUUAUGCGGAGUCAGCUCCGUCUCCAGUUGGGUCAGAAUGUUCUUCGGGAGUCUCGUCAGCGUAUUCCCAAGGAUACGUUCCAAAUUACCACAAUCAAGUGAAUUAUAUGGAGGAAGAUGAAUUGUUCGAUGGAAUUGCUUGGUGAUAAAACUGUAAAUAAUUGUAUUAGAAUCCUAAUUUCUAGUCACUAUACUUGAAUUAUUGUAUAAUAAUAGUGUUAAUAUUGUCAUAAUGUAAAUAUUAGUGCCUUAAAAUGAAAUUGUAAAGAAGAGGCUGUGAAUUUAAUAUAUAUCUUUAGUAAU